AUGGAUAGUUGCAACGUGAAAAAUAUUCCCCGGGCGGGUACCAACCUAGUUGGAGAAUCCCGCACCCCCUCAGAGGAGGGGGUCUGGCCCACGUAUACGGGGGGCGCCACCGCUGCAAUAGAGGAGAGGAGGAGAGAGACGAACGAUGACUUUGGCACGAUAUUGGUUACUGAUAAGCACGACGGAAUGGCUGCAAUGUUAACGGCUAGCGAAGGGGAAGGCUCCAGGCACACGACCCGAACACCGGUUGUGCAGCUGGAGCGAAUACCGGAUCUGAAAAAUGGAUCGCGGGUGACAACGCCCGUGUCCGAUUUGGCUUUGACCACAGCGAGUGAGGGAGAGUGUGGAUCGCGUGCGAUUACGCCUGUGUCCACUGGUUUGUUUUAUAAACCCGGAAGUGGAAGUGACGAGAGCGGUAGUGAGUCUGCUGCCUCUCAGAACAAGGAUGAAACAAGGGACCGCUUUCGACGCAAGAGGCGCGGUAGCGAGUUGGAGGACAGUCCGGAGAAGGACAAAGGAGCGAUCACGAAGACCUCCUCAAAACGUGGCAGAGGGAGACCACCGACCACCGGGAAGUACAUCGGUUGGGCCAAGGCCAAAAAGGACCUCAAUGACGAGCAGGUCAGAGCCAUGGAGGUUGAAGUUGAGCGUGACAUAUUUGAGUCGGCUAAGAGGAUUCCGCUGCAACGGUUGCACCGGCUGUCGGAAUCCUCUGAAAACUCGGACAAGACUUUAGCAGUGGACAGGGAAGCGACGGCGGCCUCGGUAGGAGCGGUGGUCUCCGAGAGCUUAGUGGCCAUCACAAACGUUGCCAAGAAGUCAAAGAACCUCAAAGGGACUUCUGUCGCGGCUCUAAAUAAGGCAACUCAGGCAUUACAGGAGGCGUUCGCGGUCAUCAUCAAUCGAACGGCGUCAGACGAAAGAAGAGCUCUGGAGGCGGCAAACGCGCGCCUCUCCAAGGAGCUCGCUGGCAUGAAGAUGGAGCUGGAGGCGGUAAAGCGCAAACUUGCUGAUGCCCUACCACAACCCGCUCCCGUCAGCAAGGGGCUGGAUGUGGAAGAGCUCCUACAGCGAGCGGUGCGCGAGGCGGUCGCUGUGACCAGUGCCCGGAUUGACGCGCGGAUAGAGGGGCUCGAGGCCCGCCUCUUACCGGAGCCACGGAUGAGGCCUCCUUUAGCUACAGAUCGGAAGCGCGACGAAGCCCGAGAUGCAACACCAUCAGCGUCGAAGGCAAAAGAGAAGACUCCUGAGCCGGAGCCCGCGGUGUCGACUCUGUCGCCUCCGCUCAAUCCCGGACCGGCUCUGAAACAAAAGAAAAAGAGAGUCAAAAAGUCGGCCGCAGCCAUAGAAGCGGCAGCCGCUAGAUGUGACAAUGCCCCAACUAUGACUGCGAAGGGACCAAAUCCGAUCGAACAAUGGUCGGAAGUGGUCAAGCGAGGUGAAAAGGCACGGAAAAAGGAAGGAAGGAGGGAAGUGCCAAAGAAGAAAAGAAAGAAGAAGAAAGGAAGCCUCCGCGCUCCCAAAUCUGCGGCGGUGGUAAUUACACUGCAGCCAGAGGCAGAAAAGAGAGGCGUGACGUAUAAGGACGUCAUGGAGAGGGCUAAGCAACAUCUUGAUCUGGUUGCUCUUGAGAUCCCUCAUCUCAAGUUUAAGCGGGCCGUUACCGGGGCUCGCAUGUACGAGAUACCCGGGACGGCCAGCAAAGAAAAGGCCGAUACUCUUGCGGGCAAGCUGAAGGAGGCCCUCGGGGAGACGGAUGUCCGCAUUUCUCGGCCGCAAAAGUGCGCCGAGCUGCGGAUAACAGGCCUGGACGACUCCGCCUCUGCGGCAGAAAUCGCCGCGGCCGUCGCAAGAUGCGGUGGCUGCGCGGUCGACGACGUUAAGGUUGGCGAAAUCCGGGUAGACCGGAGUGGACGCGGCGCGGCCUGGGUAAGGUGCCCGGUCGAGGCCGCCAAAUCAGUGACAGCACCGAACGCCAAACUUUAUGUCGGAUGGACCGUGGUGCGCGUGACACUCUUGUCGGCGCGCAUCAUGAGGUGUUACCGGUGCCACGAAGCAGGACAUACGCGGGCGACGUGCCCCUCUGAGACAGACCGCGGUGACCUCUGUUUCCGCUGUGGCCAGGCUGGCCACGCAAUCAAGGAGUGCGGAAACCCUCCCCACUGCGCGGUGUGCGCGGCUAAUGGGAGGAAGGCGGACCAUAUCGUGGGGAGCAAACCCUGCAAGAUACCGCAGAAGACUGGAAAGGGCUCCAAAAAGAGUCAGCCACCCAAGGCUGCCACACCAUCUACGGGGAACCUGAACCACAGCGCUCAGGCGCAAGAUCUGUGGUCUCAGGAGGUACUGAAGAGGUCGAUCGACGUCGGUGUGAUCGCCGAGCCGUACCGGAUCCUCCCUAGGGGUGACUGGUUGGGCGACGCGGACUCGACGGUGGCUUUGGUCUUCGGUCCCAAAAUCGUGCCUCCAUCUUCCAGGAGCACGACUCGGGGCCACGGCUUCGUCGUCGCGGACUUGGGAGCCCUCACCGUUGUGGGGGUUUACUUUUCCCCGAACAGACCCAUCGCCGAGUUCGGGGCGUUCCUCCUCCGGCUCACCACCUUUGUGAGCGGAGCAGCCAAUCCCGUGGUCGUUGCCGGAGACUUCAACGCGAAGUCCACGCGUUGGGGCUCCCCGGCCACGGACACGAGAGGCAGAGCCAUGGCGGACUGGCUGGCAACUACGGGCCUGGUCGUGGCCAACAGAGGCGCCGUUAGCACGUGCGUCCGGUGGCAGGGGGAAUCGAUUGUGGACCUGACAUUAGUGAGCCCAUCAAUCGCUCGCCGAAUGAGUGGCUGGAGAGUCCUCGAGGAGGUCGAGACCCUCUCGGACCACCUCUACAUAGGCUUUGACAUUGCCUCCACUUCGGAAGCUGGUCACCGAAUUCCACCUGGCGGCGGCCCAAGGUGGUCCCUGAGAGGUCUGGAUCGAGACCUUCUCGAGGAGGCGGCGAUCGUUGCGUCGAUGUCCCCCCUCCCAUCGGAAGACGUCGAGGAAUGCGCGGAGUGGCUGAACGAGGCGGCUCGCAACAUUUGCGACGCCUCGAUGCCCCGUGCUGGACCAGUCGUGCCUCGGCGGCAGACCUACUGGUGGCGACCGGAGCUAAAACAACUCCGGCUAGAGUGUGUGGCUGCCCGCCGGCGAUUCCAGCGAUAUCGCCGGCGGCGAAACAGGGUGGAGGCCGAAGAAGAGGCUAUCCAUGAUGGCUACCGUUCAGCGCGUCAUGCUCUGCGUGAGGCGAUAAAGGUAGCGAAGAAGGAGGCAUGGGAGGAGUUCCUGAACACCCUGGAACAGGACCCGUGGGGCAAGCCGUACAAAUGGGUGAGGCAAAAGCUUCGCCCAGCUGCCCCACCGCUGACCCAGCACAUGGAGCCGGACCUUCGUCGCUCCGUACUUUCGGCCCUAUUUCCAUCCAGGGCCGAGUGGUCCCCACCAUCUAUGCGACCACCUAGUGCGGAGUCUGACGACGAAGAGGAAGAUGUGCCACCCGUGACGCCUGAAGAGCUGGCAGCAGCCGUGCACAAGAUGAGCCUCAAAAACCGAGCUCCUGGAUUGGACGGGGUCCCCGGUCGCGUCUGGGUGCUGGCCAUAAAGCACUUGGAGGCGCAGGUGCUCGAGGUGUUCACCAAAUGCCUGGUGCAGGGCCGAGUGCCGCGUCGUUGGAAGUCGGGCAAGCUGGUGUUGCUACGAAAAGACGGACGACCGGAGGACCAGCCGUCGGCCUACCGCCCUAUCGUCCUUAUCGACGAGAUCUGUAAGACCCUGGAGAGGGUGAUCGCGGGGCGCCUCAACCGCCACCUGGAAGGCGCCGGCCCGAACUUGAGCGACGCUCAGUUCGGGUUCAGAUCUCGUCGCUCGACGAUAGACGCGGUAGCGCGUGUGCGGCAGAUUUCGGAGGAGGAAAUCUCUCGGGGUGGGGUGGUGUUGGUUGUCUCGUUGGACAUCACCAAUGCGUUCAACACCCUGCCCUGGGAGACCAUAAAAGAGGGACUACGGUACCAUCGAGCGCCAAGAUAUUUGCGUCGUACCAUCAGCAACUAUCUAUCGGAGCGCUCGGUGGAGUACCCCACCGAAGAAGGCUGGGAGGACCUGGAGGUGGACUGUGGCGUCCCGCAGGGUUCGUCUCUCGGUCCGGGCCUAUGGGAUAUAGGCUACGACUACGUGCUCCGCGGCGCCAAUCUUCCGGGCGUGGAGCUCGUUGCAUACGCGGACGACACAGCGGUCGUCUGCCGCGCCAAGUCCCAUCGAGAGGCGAAAAUCCUGGCAACGGCAGCAGUCGCUCAGGUCGUGAGGAGGAUCCAGGCUCUGGGUCUGACGGUGGCGUUGAACAAGUCGGAGGCCCUCUUGUUCCACGGGCCCAGAAACGCGCCGCCGCCGGACUUGGAAGUCAUAGUGAGUGGAACGAGAAUAAAGAUAGCGCCUACAAUGACCUACCUUGGUCUGGUCCUCGAUAGCCGGUGGUCAUUCAAGGAACACUUCCGCCGGCUAUCCGAGAAAGUAAAGAAGUCUGCGGGUGCCCUUGCCUCGCUGCUCCCGAAUCUCGGGGGCCCGAGUUUGGCUUGUCGGCGCCUCUACAUGGGCGUUGUCCGUUCCAUGGCAAUGUAUGGGGCGCCGAUAUGGGCAGAAAACCUGCUACCGGAGAAUAGGCUGGCCCUGGGGCGGCUGCAGCGAGUGAUGGCGACACGCGCGAUUCGCGGGUACCGCACAAUCUCCCGGGACGCGGCGUGCCUCCUCGCUGGCAGUGUCCCAUGGGACCUCGACGCUCUUGCCCUCGCCGAUGUGUACUGGCGUGGCGCUGAAGUCCGCGCGGGGGGCAGCAACCCCCUUCCGGACGCCGUCCGUCGGUGGAGGGAUCGGGCCAGGGAAGUGACAAUUGAGCUCUGGGAGGAACGGCUCCUGGAGCCUCAAGUAAGCGUGGCACUGGUGCUGGCCAUGAGACCAGUACUGAGCGAGUGGUUGACCAGAAAGCACGGCGCGCUCUCGUUCCGACUCACGCAGGUGCUGACCGGACACGGCUGCUUCGGCCGUUACCUGUGUGAGAUCGCGAACCGAGAAGAGAGUACGCGCUGUCACCACUGUGACUGUGACAGGGACACGGCGGAACACACCGUUUCUGCCUGUCCCUCCUGGACUGGACAACGGGCGGCCCUCACGGCCGCCAUUGGAUUUGACCUUUCGCUGCCCGCAUUGGUUCGCGCCAUGGUGGGCAGUGAACCUGGAUGGACAGCGGUGCAGGACUUCUGCGAAGAUGUCAUCGCCGCGAAGGAGGAGGCCGAGCGUAUGAGAGAGCUGGAGGCGCUCGACCCCCGCCGAAGAAGACGGCCGAGGCGACGACAGGUCAUUGGUAAUGACCACUUGCCGCCUUAG